AUGGCCUCCGUCGAUCCCACGACCAAGACGACCUACGCCACCACCGACUGGGCGCAUUACUCUCAGGGUCGCCCCCCCUACCCCCAAUCCCUCACCGAGCUCAUCUAUGCCUACCGUCGCCAGCAUCCCCAGGCCCAGUGGGAGCGUCUGGUCGACGUGGGAGCUGGCUCGGGCAUCGCCGCCACCAACUUUCUCGCGGAAUUCCAAAUCAUCCACAAUUCCGAUCCCAGCCCAUCCAAUGAGGCCCAAGCCCGCGCCUUUCUCCCGGACUGGGCCCAACAGCAUGGCCUGAGUCGCACGUUCGAGUAUUCUCAAGCCACAGGAGAAGAGGCCUACCAGAAGACCGGCGAAGGUCAGGCCGACCUGGCAAUUUGUGCCACCGCGGCCCACUUCAUGGACCCAGAUGGACUGGUCACGUCCAUGGGGAAGAUUUACUGGAUGCCCACUUUUCCCGACCAGUCCUCACACUUCCACGAGGUCUUUGCCCGCACCUUUGACCGGGUGAUUCUGCAGCGCCUCCCCCAUCGCGCGGGUCUGGCCCAGAUUGUGUCCCGGCGGUUAGCGGGCGAGGGCGUCCUGGACUCACUGCCGGUUUUGGACGAGUACUUUGAGGAUCCGGUCCGAGUGUAUAUCAACCCUACCUCGGAUGGGCAGUUGCCCUACAAGGUGCUGUUUCAGCGGUAUGGGCCGGAUGAGCUCCCAUCCGAUGGCGGCAGUCGCGUCCGGGCAGGAGAGCAGAUGGUGCAGCUGCAUACCGGGGUGGAUCCCGAGGCCGAUGGCUGGGUAUUCACCGUGGAUCACAAGUGGCUUCUGACCUUCUUGAACACCUUCCGACCCCCGGAGGCGAAGCUCACCCUCGAGAACUGCCGGGAGGAGUUGGCGGAGUGGGACCGCUCGUUGGAGGAGGAGUGUCCGAGUGGCCAGCUGCGGGUUCAGUGGCCGGUCUAUCUCGUCUUGGGGACGCGAAGAUCGGGAUCGUCGCAGAAUUAG